AUGGAGAAAUCUAUGCCAAAUAUCGCUCGCUUCUUUUCUACACUGAAGAACAGCUUGCUUGAACCCAACGGAGCUCGGUCCGCUUAUGCACAGAUGGACCAAGAAUCGGAGAAUGAAGACGAGUAUACGUCCCACAGUUUAUUCUAUUCUCUUCAACAGGAUCAGAUGGGAAUCGAUAGCAUGCCAUUGACAGAAUCGAAUGCAUAUUCGGACACAAGUCAACUCAUAUUCGACCAAGAAGAGCUUAUGGGAGAACCAUCUGCACUAAAUCUAUCUACCUUGUCUGCCUCUCGACUAAACAAAUCUGACUACGAAGAAAGUCCAAUACCUCCUGGAAUCACAACUAUAAAAACAGAAAAGAAGUACAAAGAUCCAUUGUUUGGUCUGGCUUACUGUCUUUUAAUCAUCGUCUAUGUCUUAUCAGGCAUUUUACUUGUUUGCACGACCGACAGCCAUGCACUAGAAAAAGCAGCCAAAGGAACCACAUUUAAGGCCAUAUCUGAUAGUGCAGGCAUUCUUACCCUCAUGGUCUUUACAACUCUCUUGGUUGGCAUUUGUUGGUUUCAUGUCCUUCGCAAAUUUACAAAGGCGAUUGUGUGGGGAACAGUAACAUGCGUCCCGAUAAUAUUUGUAGGGCUGUUUAUAUGGGCACUGGUAGAAUCAUUCCAAAGCUAUUAUUAUUAUGGCAACCAGCCUUCUGCACAAGACUCAGGAUUGACAAUCAUGUCCUUUAUCCCAUUAAUUAUCAGUCUUUUUUACAUGAAGCUUGUAUUUAGUGGUCGUCAUCGUAUCAAUAAAACAGUUGCAGUAAUAGAGUUGGCAUGCGAGAUAUUGAAAUCCAAUCCUGGUAUCCUAUUGGUAUCUUUAAUUCUCCUGGUUGUCUUUAUUAGUUUCUCUGCACUUUGGCUAUUAUUUUUUAGUCGUCUAUGGCUACUAGGCCACAUAGAAAAGUCUGGAUCAAAAUCAGAGGCUAUAUGGGUUGUCAAUGAUCAUGUGAAUAUGCUGGUUGUAUUUUAUUUGUUCAUAUACAUGUGGACAGCAGCAGUAUUGAUCAACAUGCAAAGAUUUGUACUCUCUGCCGUCACUGCCCAAUGGUACUUUCACAGACAUGAACCUGCAACAACAAAUAGCGAAAAGGCUUGGAAGAGUGCCCUGAUAAGAGGAUCAACAACCUCAUUAGGAACACUUGCAUUUGGUGGGCUUGUUCUCACCCUUGUACAGAGCAUGCAUCUCCUUGCCCAAUAUAUGAAAAAGUAUGUCAAGAAAAGCAGACCAUUCGUGUGGAUUGUUUCGAUUCUGCUUGCAUAUCUCGAAGCCAUUGUCAGCCAAAUCAAUCACUACACCAUAAGUCUUGCAGGAAUCACAGGCGAAAGUUUCUGCUCUUCAGCAAGAUCAGGUACAAAGAUGUUUAGAAGGAACCUUUUGUCAGGACUAUUGGGUGAUUUGUUGACAAAGUUAAUUCUGUACAUUGGUGCCUUGGUUAUCUCUCUUGUGUCAGGACUUGGAACCUAUGUUUUUGCAACCCACAGUCUUCAUUCGCCGCAUGGAUACAUAAUUGGUAUGCUGGCUGCCAUUGUGCCAAUGUACAUAUCACAGUUCUUUUCCUAUACCAUGAUGAGCAUUGUUGAUGCUUCAUUCCUUUGCUAUGCUAUUGAUCUCGACACGGGGAUGGUGCACUUAUCCAGCGCUCACAACGUAUUCUCUGGCUUUGACUAA